CCAGCCCGCCGCUAGUUUGUGCCCGGCUGAGGGUGUGUGAUGUACGGGCAGCGCUCCUCCGGGGGCACAAACCGAGCACCUGGCCAGCUUCCACAGCGUGUGUCACUGAGGUGGCUCUGAGGGGUCUGUGCACCCCCUUACACGAGGCAGCCCCGUGAAGGUUUAGGUAUGAAGAUAACUUUGUGUGAGAGACUGGUCCAGAAGCGUUCAGUGCUAUUGGCCUGAGAACCAGAGUUGAUAUUCUUGUGAGAAAGAGCUACAAGAGUGGUACUGCGUGUGUUGCAGAGGGAAAGAGAGAGGGUGGAGAGAUAAAUGGACUAUAAGAAAAUCGUGGAUGAAGUUUCAGAAAAAAUUUUAUCAUAUAGUCAAGAUACUUCAGGAUGGAGAGUGAUAAAAGUUUCAAAAAAUGUUACAGUUUCUUCAAAGCCUUCAAAAGAGUAUGCAGGAAAUAUAUACCGUGGAGAAGGGAUAAUUAAGGAAGUCCCUAGUAAAAUUAUUCCUUUUAUGUAUCUUCCUGAAUAUCGAAACAAAUGGGACAAAGCAUUACAAUCUUACAAGCUGUUAGAAAGGAUUGACCAGGACACUGGCAUAUACCACAGUGUAACACACAGUUAUGGUAUGGGAUUGAUUUCAUCAAGAGAUUUUGUUGACCUGCUGCAUGUUAAACCAUAUCCUGGUGAUAUCCUUACAACUAACUCUGUCAGCGUGGAAUACUCCAGCUGCCCUCCAACUCCCUCUUGUGUCCGAGGCUAUAACAAUCCCUGUGGCUAUGUGUGUUCCCCUUUGCCUGAGAAUCCAGAGCAUUCUAAGUUAGUUGUAUUUAUUCAGCCAGAACUAGGAGGAAUGCUUCCCUGUUCUGUAGUGGAGACAGCAUUACCUACUACUCUCAUAAACUUAAUCACUGAAACGAGAGCUGGACUGAAAAGCUUGGAAGACCAUAAUUAAACGUAAGUGGAAAAUAAUAAGCAUUUAGUCACAUGUAUCUUGGAUUCAUUUUUAUAGUAGAUGAUGAAGUUUAUUUUAAUUGUGGUUCACGUGGAAAUUUAUAAAGCGUAACUGUUAAAAUGGUGAAUGCUAGUUUUCUCUGUUCUUGGGAACGAUGCAACAAUUUACACUGAAGUGCCAUCAAAGUACAGGAUGUUGCUUUCAGUGUAAUCAGGUGAUGUUUUGUAAUAUUUUUGCACUUUAUAUGCAGAGAAUAUAUAUAUACACACACACACGAGAAUCUGGUGAUAUAAAUUAUAGCAAUGUUAAAAUACAGUAGUCAAAUAUUUUGCCAUAGCUUUAAACACACUUUGAUAAAUUCUUACCUCAAUUAUGUACUCUUGAUUGAAACAAGCAAACAUCUUGUGUACUAGAGACUUUAAACAUGUUUAUUAACUAGAAGUGUGCGAGUGUAAUUAGCAACUAUUUCACUGUUUUGGAAUUAAGUAUUUGAAGAAAAGUCUGAUGAAUUUGUAUAUAGCAUCUCAUUAAA